UGUGCCCAGCCUCCCUUCCUGGCCCUCCUGGUGGCCACCGAAGUGGAGCCGAACCAGCCACCUGGACUCCUAGCGGGACAGGGCAGUUCCCUCACACAGCCAGAGAGGAGUUACCGGGCAGGACAUGAGUUCCAGGACUGCCCCGCGGCUGCUGACGCUCCAGCGACACCUGGGAUCCCCACAGGACAGUGACAUGGAGUCUGGAAGCAGCCCACUUACCACACAUGUGCUAGACACCACAUCUGGGCUCCCAGCGAGGGGCCUCUGCCUCCGUUUGUCCCAGCUGAAGAACCUUGGCCAGCAGUGGACGGAGCUGAGGAAAAGCUCCACAGAUAUGGAUGGCCGCUGCCCUGGGCUUCUGAAGCCAGGCCAGCUGAAGCCAGGCACCUACAAGCUGUCCUUUGACACCGAGGGCUACUGGACGAAGCGGGGGCAGGAGAGCUUCUACCCAUACGUAGAGGUUGUUUUCACCGUCACAAAUGAUAGCCAGAAGUUCCACGUGCCCCUGCUGCUGAGCCCAUGGUCAUACACCACCUACCGAGGGAGCUAGAGCUGCGCCAAGCCCAACGGAGCCACCCACCCCACCCUCCACAGAGUGGGCUUCGUGGUCAUUGUGGGACACUGAGGCCAUCCACUUCCUGGGGAGGGUCCCAUCUGCUGCAGGUUUCCAGUGGGCAGCUGUGACUUCAGUGUCAAUAAAGUCAGUGGGGAUAUCUGCAAAGCCAAGGCCAUUGUAGUGACAGGACCCCUGAGUGGGGGAAUAGAAGCAAUGCCUGGGUGGCUGGAGCUCUGCUACUGCUGCCCAGGUCCCAGGUGAGUGAGGGGCCCUCAGAGGUGCUGCUGAAGACAGGCAGGACUGGGAAGGGUGGUCACAGCACAGACUGGACAUGCCCCCAGCAAGGAGGCAGACUGCGAUGCUAUGGGUGGAGGCCCCAUAGGUAUUCUCCACAAAGACAGCCAGGAAAACACAAGGGAACCAUGGAAAAACUUUCAUUUGCUGUUGAGAAAAUAUAAAGAGUGAAAGUUUGCUGUCCUCGUGUGAAAGAUGGGGUGAGCUGAUAGUGCUACCAGACAUGUUCUGUGGGCUGCAGCCCAGGCAGGUAGCUACUUUGGGUAUUUGUGGGGCCAGGCCCCAAACUCUACCCAAUCACAGACAUCUCCAGGGGCUUCAAGCCCACAUUGUCCAAGGAGACUCCAAAGGUCAACGGCUUUGCCUCAUAUGUGUGCAGCAAGAGACAGAGCAGUGUCAGGAAGGAAGAAAGCCACCUGGGCCUGGACACUAUGGCCAAGAUGCUCUGGCCACCCAGAACUAAGUUCUUUUCCAUGGAGGGGCAGGGUGCAAGGGGGUGGGGCCAGUAACAUGGUGUAAAAGAAUAAAACAUUUGUCAGUGGUGUUCUGUGUGCCAGACCCAGUGCUGACACCUCUA